AUGAGGAUGAAGGAGGUUGUGAGUUAUACGACGGACGUCACGGGUUCGAACGGUACCGCGGUGGCCAAUAUCGUCGUCGUCAUCAUCCCCAUCCGUGACGGGCGAGGCAUUAUGCGGUUUCGUUUUCCAGCCGUUGCCGCCAUUAAAGAUGUCGUCGAUGACUUCCUCUGCGGAAUGCUCUUCGGGUUGACGGCACCAUGA